AAGCCUGCCGGGAGUUGUAGUUCUCCUGGGCCGCGUCACCCGGCGUCUGCCACGGCGCCGGGCGAGGGAAGGGGCGAGGCCGAACGUGGGGAGCGCGGGCUUCCCUCUGUGGACGUGGCGAGGGAGUCCGCGCCCGCCGCACGCUCCUAGGCCCCGCCCCCCGGGUCCUCCUCAGGCCAUUGGCCGGGGGGCGGGGCCUCAGCGCGGCCGGGGGCGGGGCCUGGCUGGAGAGCUGCCAAAGGGGGCAUCCUUUUUGGAGAACGCGGAGCGGAGCUUGCUGGACCCCGUGAGGCUGGACCAUCCGGGCCCGAGGAUGCGGCGACCGUCACUCCUGCUGCUGCUCUUGCUGCUCAGGCACGGGGCCCGGGGCAAGCCCUCCCCGGAGGCCAGCCCUCACGGCGAGGCACGGGUGCACCACCAGGCCCCCCUGAGCGAGGCCACUCACGAUGAUGCCCAUGGGAACUUCCAGUAUGACCACGAGGCUUUCCUGGGACGAGACGUGGCCAAGGAGUUCGACCAGCUCAGCCCAGAGGAGAGCCAGGCCCGCCUGGGGCGCAUCGUGGACCGCAUGGACCGCGCGGGGGACGGGGACGGCUGGGUGUCGCUAGCCGAGCUCCGCGCGUGGAUCGCGCACACGCAGCAGCGGCACAUACGGGACUCGGUGAGCGCGGCCUGGCACACGUACGACACGGACGGCGACGGGCGAGUGGGUUGGGAGGAGCUGCGCAAUGCCACCUAUGGCUACUACGCGCCUGGCGAGGAGUUCCACGACGUGGAGGACGCCGAGACCUACAAGAAGAUGCUGGCGCGGGACGAGCGGCGCUUCCGCGUGGCCGACCAGGACGGCGACCUGGUGGCCACGCGGGAGGAGCUGACGGCCUUCCUGCACCCGGAGGAGUUCCCGCACAUGCGGGACAUCGUGGUGGCGGAGACGCUGGAGGACCUGGACAGGAACAAGGACGGCUACAUCCAGGUGGAGGAGUACAUCGCGGACCUGUACUCGCCCGAGGCCGGGGAGGAGGAGCCGGCCUGGGUGCAGACGGAGCGGGAGCAGUUCCGGGACUUCCGGGACCUGAACCACGACGGGCGGCUGGACGGCAGCGAGGUGGGCCACUGGGUGCUGCCCCCCGCCCAGGACCAGCCGCUGGUGGAGGCCAACCACCUGCUGCAGGAGAGCGACACCGACAAGGACGGAAGGCUGAGUAAGGCGGAGAUCCUGGGCAACUGGAACAUGUUCGUGGGCAGCCAGGCCACCAACUACGGCGAGGACCUGACCCGCCACCACGACGAGCUGUGAGGGCGGUGACCGGGGCCUGGCCGGGCCCGGGCUCCCACCGACACACCGGCCGGUCCGCUCCUGGAGACACCUCGUCCCAUCGGCCCCUCAUCCCCCUCAUCCCCUCAUCCCCCUCAUCCCCUCAUCCCCUCAUCCCCUCA